UCUGCCCGGCAGCCGGCCUCGCGGAGCGCGUGUCCACGCCUCGGCCCCGCCCGCCCGGCGCCGCGCGGGUCCCCGCCCUCCUGGCCCGGCCAGGGCCCUCCCGGAGCUAUUUUCAAAGUGACCCUGGGCCGGGGCGCGGGCGCGGAGCGGGCGCAGGCGGCGGAACCAUGACCGAAGAUGACCGAGGCGGCGCUGGUGGAGGGCCAGGUCAAGCUGCGGGACGGCAAGAAGUGGAAGAGUAGGUGGCUGCUGCUACGCAAGCCGUCGCCCGUGGCAGACUGCCUGCUCAUGCUGGUCUACAAGGACAAGGCGGAGCGCGCGCGGGGCCUGCCGGAGCGGGCCAGCGUGGCCCUGGAGCACAUUUGUGGCCUGGAGCCCGGCCUGCCCUACGAGGGUCUGGCCCACACGCUGGCCAUCGUCUGCCUGUCCCAGGCCGUCAUGUUGGGCUUUGACAGCCGGGAGGCCAUGUGCGCCUGGGACGCCCGCAUCUGCUACGCGCUGGGAGAGGUACACAGGUUCCACGUGACGGUGGCUCCGGGCACCAAGCUGGACAGUGGCCCAGCCAGCCUACACCUCUGCAAUGACGCCCUCACGCUGGCCAGGGACAUCCCCCCGGCCGUCACGGGCCAGUGGAAGCUGUCGGACCUGCGGCGCUAUGGCGCCGUGCCCGGCGGCUUCAUCUUCGAAGGCGGGACCAGGUGUGGCUACUGGGCCGGGGUUUUCUUCCUGUCCUCAGCGGAAGGGGAGCAGAUCAGCUUUCUCUUUGAUUGCAUCGUGCGUGGCAUCUCCCCUACCAAGGGCCCCUUCGGGCUGCGGCCAGUCCUGCCAGACCCCAGCCCGGGGGGACCCUUGCCGAUGGCAGAGCGGGGGGCCCAGGAGGCCCUGCAGCUGGAGAAACGGCUCAGCUUGCUGUCCCAGUCGGGGCGUCCGGGAAGCGGAGGGGACGACCGGAGCCUGUCCAGUUCCUCCUCAGAGGCCAGUCACUCGGACAUCAGCGGCAGCAGCCGGCUCAGCACGUGGCCGGAGCAGUCCUCGUCGCAGGAGGGGUCGGGACCGGCGGGCGCCCAGGCCCCCGGGGACGCCUUGGCCCCCGGCGCCUCGAGGCCUGCGCCCAGGCCGCUGCGGCCGCGGCCACUGCAGGAGGUUGGCCGCCAGAGCUCCUCGGAUAGCGGCAUCGCCACGGGCAGCCGCUCCUCCUACUGCGGCAGCGUCUCCUCCUGCGCCGGCAGCAGCCUGGCCGACGAGCUGGGCUCGCUGCUCAGCCUGCAGCCCGCCGCCGGGGCGCCUGAGCCCGGCUUCUGCUGCUGCCCGCCUGGGGCGGCCGAGUACCAGGUGCCCGCGGCGCUGCGGCCGCACUACGACACGCCCCGCAGCCUGCGCCACGGGCCCAGGGACCAGAGCUGCGCCCCCGUGCCGGGCGGGGCUGACGACGGCGCGACCACCGCCACGGCCACGGACCCGGGCGGCCAGACGUCCGCCGCGGGCCCCCCUGGCUGGCCGGGCGUGAGACGUCGGGGACAGUCGACGGCGGAGGCGGCUGUGGGCAGCGGGGCAGAGCCGCCAGGUGCAGCCCCUGGAGAGCCCUGGGCGGCAGGCGGGUCCCCGCCAGCUUUCUUUGCCGCGUGUCCAGUCUGUGGAGGCCUCAAGGGAGCAGUGGCAGCCCUCGGCCUGGAGAUGGCACACGCAGGCUCCCCGGGGUCGGAGUCGCCCACUUAUGCCAACCUGCCCGUCAGCCCCUCGGGCCGAAAACAGCUGCACUACCUGGGGCUGGAGCUCCAGGAGGCAAGUGUGGGGGUCCGAGGAGCAGGAGCCUCCCGCUACGCCCAGAUCGACAUCACAGCCAUGGAAACGGCGCACCGUGUGGGCGCCCAGCACGCACAGGCCCGGCAGGAGCGGCUGCGGGAGCUGGAGCAGCAGCAUGGACGGAGCAGAGCCCCGCUCUGAGCCUCACGGAGCGCACGGCUGGGACUGUGCUGGGCGAGUGGCUGGAGGCAGCCACCCAAGCCUGGAGUCCAGGCUGACCUCUCUUCUCUAGCUUGGACAAGUCAUCACGGCCUCGGCGGGCCCGGGGCGGCCCCCCAGGUGGAGACAUCACCCCCUUCCCUUGACGCUGUAGCUCGGAGUCAGG